CACGUCCCAAUGCGUUCGUUAUGCCUGCGAAACAUGGACCUUGUCGCCUCAAAAAUGCAUCCAGGAUCAAAGAAACGGGCUAUGAUCAGGGGCAAGGCUGAAGAGGUUGAUCUCAACGCGAGCGGUGGAACCAGCGUGCACCGCGUUCAUGAACAAAACACCUGCUCCCCCCCCCAGGAAUCCUCUCUUUUUCUUCUCUCCAUACGAAGACGCUUUCACGACACUUGACAGACAUUUGGGUGCUUGCACGAUGUCCUCAUUCACUACAAGCUCUUCGUACUGUAGCCCUGCGUCCUCUGGGCGUUGGGCUACAGAAGGUCUGUACUCUGACACCUCCUCUGACAAGCUGAACUACGUGGCAGGUGAUUUUAACAGGUCACCGACGCGUUCCACAAACUCAAUCUUCGGAUAUCCUCCCUCCCUCCUCUCCCACAUCUCCCCUCCCUCCCCCCGUUCAAGACGACAACCGACUCUCCGUACUCCGAUAGUCCGAUCCUCGCUUAACGGUCCUUGGCUUCGAGCCGCCGAGUCCCCCAGACGUCGGCGUCAGUCACCGAUCGAGCGCCCAUCACCGACCCCCGGGCCUGUCCCGUUUCACUAUCGACGAGCGCCGAGUGUAGAGUCCCCGUGCCGCAUGCCAAGUGUCUCUCCCCUUCCUCUGGUCGAGUCACCGCCUCCUUUGCCAAAACUCAAGGCGUUCUCCCGUUGGACUGGUCUACAUGUAUCUGCCCUUCACCCUGGUCCGACAGUCCCACCGAAGCCACAGCAUGCUCCUAGGCUUCGUCAGACAUUCUCCCCUCGGUGUUGGCGUUGGUCCCCAAGUCCUCCUCGACUGAGAGUAAAGGCGUUCCCCCAGGCUGGUCCACAUGUGUCUAUCCACCACCCAGGCCCGACAAUCCCACGAGUGCCAGAGAUCUCUACUCGGCUUCGUCAGGCAUUCCCUCCUGAGGUUUGGAAGUCCAUGCGCAGCCCUCCUCCUCGACCCAGAAUCAAGGCGUUCUCCAGAGCCGGUUCGCGCUUUCCCUCACGGGCAGUUCUCCCUUGUCCUACGGUGGCCCCCUCAAAGGCAUCUCCACGUCGUCAGCCAAUCACUCCACGACAGCCUUCGCCACCAACGGACACCAGCGCACCGGCACCCACCACUGCUCGCCAAGGCGUACGUCGCGUACGCAUCAGUGGUCGACAACGCCUCAGUCGGACCGGCACCUCGACAACACCCUCGGCGACAUCCAGCAGCCAAGGAGACUUCGACCCAGAUGCAGCUUUCGUUGACGACUCAUCUGUUCUCGAAUCUCCAAUUCCGGAUUCGCCAACUGUCACUGUCAUCAGCUCCCGCACCCAGCCAAACAUGGCAUUGGACUCCACCCCAGGGUUCUUUGCUCGUUGCGGACAGAUUCUUGACACGACAGUCACAAAGGUGCUCGGUUGGGUUCGUUCCUGGUUCUAGACACGACCUUCUGGAGAGACACUUUUCAUGGCAUGCGGUAUGGGCAAUGUGAAGGGUGGAGGAGAGAGAUGAUUCUCUGUUGUUGUGGUGUGUGGUGGCGUGGUGUGUGGUGGUGUGUGGUGUGUGGUUGUAUGGUGUUGUGUGGUGGUGAUGGUCUGAGUUGUUUCCGACUCUCAAAGACAACAAGCACGGCGU